CCACAAACAACGCGAACAACAUAUAACUUGAUUGACAGCCAGCAUAGCAUUUGCAAAACCUACCCUAGAGAAACACCCUACACUCAAUUGGUUUCCUCGAACAUCAACCCCUCACUGUAGCCGAAGCUCUAAUCAACAACCCUUCCCUGCCUUACGCGGACCCCAGACUAACCGCAACAAACUCUCCGAUUCCUGCGGCUCACUACACAAUCACAAUGGGCAACAUCUGCUCCCGCUCUUCAAAUGAGGCAGACCCCUUCAACCAACCGGGCCGUGUAGUCGGCACCAGUCCAGGGAGGACUGCCGCACCCCGCGCCCCACUUCCGGCCAAGACAAACUGGAAGGCUACACCCGGCCGCACUCUGGGUGAGAGCACUGCAGAUGGUAGUACUGCCGGAACGGACGAGGCACGUGCAAAUGCCGCAAUUGCUGCACAGAAACGCGCCGAAGGCGCCUCUGCCAGUAAAGGGAAAUUGGGCUCAAAGCUGGCUGCACAGAAGGCACAAACCCAGGCUCAGACAUUGGAUCAAGUCAGUCGCACAGAGAGGGCCGCGCGAGACGUAGAUGGGGCCGAGGCUGCACGGAGAUGGGAAUAGGCAUACCCAUGCGACAUUUGGAUUUGAUCAUGACUGCCAUUAUAUCCCGGCGAUUUGUUUCUUGGCGUUAUAUUUGCGAGCUUAUUAUGUCUCUUGAUAGCGUAUGUUUGGUUUUUCUGUUGAAGUCCUUUGACUUGUUGUUUGUCGAUGUAAUUGUGGAAUCAACCUACUCUUUGAUAGUUUAAAUGAUGUGAUGAUGCUGGCCUUGUUGUUACUCUGAUUAGCCAAUGUUCCUCCAAUUCCAC